CCCAAACAGAGAAGACGGUGGUUUUUUGAAAUUGUCUUCUUCCUCAAUUUCAAAUCAAUUUUUCGAUUCCUUUUAGUGAAAUUAGGGUUUUCGAUUUCGACAUUGUGUCAACGCAUUUGCUUUCGAUUGUAUAAUCAAUCCCCAAUCAAAAUGUCGGCAUCAACGAUGUCUCUCACGGCGACUCCCUCCAAGCGAACUCCGAUCGUCACCGGAGACAAGAAAUUCGAUUUCCCUCAAAGCGAAUCUCUCGCCAACGGCGAAUCAACCAAAGAUCCAAACCUCGCCGAGACAGUUAUAGAUCGAACCAAAGGCCAAGACUUGGGUCCUAUAACGCGUAGGGUCGCUGCUUCCACCGCGAACGGAACAAACACAACAACCUCCACGCAGCGUCGUACACGUAAGGUAACAGCCACACCUAAAUCCGAGAAAGCGAGAUGGAAGAGAGUGGUGAGAGUCUUCGCGAAGCAACUUGUUGCUCUUCUGAUCAUCGCUGGAUUGAUUCAGAUGACGAGGAAGUUGCUUUCUCCUUCUUCUUCUUCGUCGUCAUCAUCAUCUCCGACGUCUUUGUUUGAAACGGAGAUGGCGUUUUCGGGUUUAGAGAGUCGGAUCGCGGAAGUGGACGGGCUUGUGAAGGCCACGACGAGUACGAUGCAGGUUCAAGUCGAGUUACUCGAUAAAAAGAUCGAAAAGGAAGCCAAAGUAAUAAGGCAAGAGCUCGAGACGAAAGGUUCUUCCUUUUAUAAUGAGUUGAGGAAGAUAGAGAGUAAGACGGAGUUACUAGAGAAGUCAGUGAAAGAAGUAAAUGCUAAACCUUUUGUGUUGAGAGAUGAGUUUGAGAAGGUUUACGAGGAGUUAAAGAAAGGUAAUAAUGUUGAUGAUUCUUUGUUUAGUGAGGUUAGUAUCGAUGAGAUGAGGGCUUAUGCGAGGGAUAUGAUGGAGAGAGAGAUUGAGAAGCAUGCUGCUGAUGGACUUGGGAGAGUUGAUUAUGCGUUGGCGUCUGGUGGUGGGUUUGUGAUGAAGCAUUCUGAUCCGUAUCUUGUUGGGAAAGGGAGUAGUUGGUUUGCGACAACGAGUAGACGUGCUCAUUCCAAUGCGGUUAAGAUGUUGUCUCCGAGUUUUGGGGAGCCUGGUCAGUGUUUUGCUUUGAAAGGGAGUAGUGGGUUUGUUCAGAUUAGGCUGAGAGGACCGAUUGUACCUGAGGCUUUCACUUUGGAGCAUGUAGCUAAGAGCGUGGCUUACGAUAGAUCGAGUGCUCCAAAAGAUUGUGUCGUAUCAGGAUGGCUGCAAGGACAGGAAUCCUCUGAAGAGACAGAGAAGAUGCAACUUCUAACAGAGUUUACUUACGACCUAGACAGGUCGAACGCACAGACAUUCAACGUCUUAGACUCAUCAGACUCUGGUCUGGUCGAUACUAUCAGGCUAGACUUUACAUCCAACCACGGAAGCGACUCCCACACUUGCAUCUACCGGUUCAGGGUUCAUGGGCGUGCACCAGAGCCUGUCUCUGUUGUGGAAACUCAACAGGCUUGAUCUGGACAAUUUACCUGGAACAGGAUGCACCUCUUUGUGUUUUUGUAAUAUUCAUUCAUCCACAUCUCUUUUGUUGCCUGCUUUUUGGAAAAGAAAAAGAAAGUAUCAGAGUUUGUGAUAAGACCUGUAGAAAAUUGUUUGGUUUUGUUCGUCUUCAUUAUGCUACCUUUUGGUUUAUUUGGUUUAAGAAUUCGUAAAUUUGUGAACUGGAUAGAAUAUAACCAAAAGCUGCUAGGUUUGGCUAUGCAAUUUUGGAUUGGUUUUAUCGGUUAUUUUGAUUAAG